GUUUAACUCAAUGAGACAGAGUCUUAAACCCAGAGGACACUUAUGGUGACAGAAAGCAAAUAAUGUUGGAUUGAUCACAUAAGAUUACAGUAGAUCAGAUUCGCCUGAACCCAGCUGUAUGUCUGGUAAAAGUGAUCCAUUCAUGAACAUAAAUCAGUUAAAUGAUGAAGAUUUGUCUUCUGAUCAAAGUUUUCAGCAGAAGAGAUCAGAUUCACCUGUGCUCAGUGUUUUAUCAAUGAAGAGUGAUAAAUCAAUGAAUAUGCCCAUUCUUUUAAAACAUGGAGAUUCUCUAUUUGACCAAAGUUCUGGUGAUGGAUUGGACUCAUCUGUACCCAGUGUUUUGUCCUUAAAAAGUGACAAAUCAAUGAAUAUGCCAAUUCUCCUAAAACAUGAAUCUCUGCUUGACCAAAGUUCUAGUGACAGAUUGGAAUCAUCUGUACCCAGUGUUUUGUCCUUAAAAAGUAACAAAUCAAUGAAUAUGCCAAUUCUCUUAAAAAAUGAAUCUCUGUUCAACCAAAGUGCUGAUGAGAGAUUGGACUCAUCUGUACCCAGUGUUUUGUCCAUAAAAAGUAACAAAUCAAUGAAUAUGCCAAUUCUCUUAAAACAUGGAUCUCUGCUUGACCAAAGUUCAAAUGAGAAAAGGGACACUGCUGAAACGAAUCUACUAAACCAGAGACACAAUCCAACAUCAUUUGAAGAAAACAACAAAAGAUUAAAAUCACAUCUUAAAACAAGGUACCAGUGUGUUUCUGAAGGAUUGGCAAAGCAUGGAAACCCAACACUACUGAAUGAGAUCUACACAGAGCUCUACAUCACAGAGAGUGAAAGUGGAGAGAUCAGUAAUGAACAUGAGGUGAGACAGAUUGAGACACAAUCCAGAAGAACAACAACAGAGGAGACACCAAUCAAAUGUAAUGACAUCUUUAAACCUUUACCUGAACAACACAAACACAUCAGAAGUGUGCUGACAAAGGGAGUCGCUGGCAUUGGAAAAACAGUCUCUGUACAGAAGUUCAUUCUGGACUGGGCUGAAGAGAAAGAGAAUCAGGACGUCCACCUCAUAUUUCCACUUCCUUUCAGAGAGAUCAAUUUGAUGAAGGACAAAACACUCAGUCUUUUAGAUCUUCUUCAUCUUUUCUUCCCAGAGACAAAAGAAAUGGAAAUCUUCAGUGAUGAAUAUAAAGUGUUGUUCAUCUUUGACGGUUUGGAUGAGUGUCGUCUGUCUCUGGAUUUUCACAGCAGUGUGAGGUUGUGUGAUGUAAAUGAAUCAACCUCAGUGGCCGUGAUGCUGACAAACCUCAUCAAGGGGAAUCUGUUUCCCUCUGCUCUCAUCUGGAUCACCUCCAGACCAGCAGCAGCUGAUCUCAUCCCCUCUGAGUGUGUUGAUCGAGUCACAGAGGUACGAGGCUUCAGUGAUCCACAGAAGGAGGAAUACUUCAGGAAGAGAAUCAGUGAUGAGAGUCUGUCUGAUCAAAUCAUCUCACACCUGAAGUCAUCCAGGAGUCUCUACAUCAUGUGUCACAUCCCAGUGUUCUGCUGGAUUUCAGUCACUGUUCUAGAGAGAAUAUUGAGUGAAGCAGAGAGAAGAGAGAUCCCCAAGACUCUCACUGACAUGUACACACACUUCCUGAUGGCACAAAUUAGCAUCAAACGUGAGAAGUAUUCUCAGAAAGAUGACACAGACAAAGAAAUGAUCUUCAAACUGGGUAAACUGGCUUUUGAGCAGCUUAUGAAAGGCAAUCUAAUCUUCUAUGAUGAAGACCUGAGAGAUUGUGGCAUUGAUGUAGCAGAAGCAUCAGUUUACUCAGGAUUGUGUACUCAGAUCUUCAGAGAGGAGUUUGGUUUGUAUCAAGGAAAAGUUUACAGCUUUGUUCAUCUGAGCAUUCAGGAACAUCUAGCAGCUCUUUAUGUGCACCUCUCAUUUAUAAACAACAACAUAAAUGUGUUUGACCAAGAAUCUGAAAAUCCAUUGACUAUGUUUAGUUUACACAAGUGUGCAAUUGACAAAGCCUUACAAAGUAACAACGGACAUCUAGACCUUCUGCUUCGCUUCCUCAUGGGAUUUUCAACAAAGUCAAAUCACAACCUUCUAAAGGGGCUUUUGGUGAAAAGACCACAUGACUUCCAGGAAAGAGAGAAAACUAUUGAGUAUCUACGGGACAAAGUCAAAAACACAUUUUGUCCGAAUGAGAGUUUGGUUCUUUUCCACUGUCUAAAUGAACUCAAUGAUCAUUCUUUAGUAGAAGAAAUCCAAAGACAACUAGCCUCUGGAAAACUAAAUGCACAAUGCAUGACCAUUGAACUCUGGUUAGCUUUGCUGUAUUUUCUAAAGACAUUAAAUGAAAAGUUUGAUGAGUUUGAUUUUCGUAAAUAUGGAGGAUCUGAAGAAUUCCUUCGUUGGCUGCAUCCAGUGAUCAAGUUGUUUACAAAGGCCAAGUUACAGGGCUGUAAUAUCACAAUGAAUGGCUGUGCAUUGCUGUCCUCCGUUCUAACAUCACUGUCCAAAGUGAGAGAGCUGGACCUGAGCCACAACAACAUAAAGGACUCAGGAGUGGAGAUGCUCUGUUUUGGAUUACUAAAAUCAAGCAACACACAACUGGUGAAGCUAGAAACGUUGGCAUCAAGGCAUAACUUCGAAUAUGUACAUGGACAUCAUAAAAAUCGUUUUGAUGAGUUUCAUUUUAAACAUUCAACGUCUGGACUGCAGGACACAGAGUGCAGCCUGGAAUCUCUGAAACUGAAAAAGUGUGGAGUAACAGAAGACGGCUGCGUUCACCUCAGCUCAGCUCUGAGAUCAAACCCAUCACAUCUGAGAGAACUGGACCUGAGCUGGAAUCAUGUCGGAGAUUCUGGAGUCAAACAUCUCUGUGAUGUUCUGGAGAAAACCGAGUGUGUGCUACAAAUACUGAAGUUGAAUAAAUGUGGAAUCACAGCUGAAUGUUGUGCUGCUGUGGCUUCAGCUCUGAGAUCAAAUACCUCCGGUCUGCUAGAGCUGGAUCUGUCGAAGAAUAAUCUUGGAGAUUCAGGAGUGAAGCUGCUCUCAGCCGGACUGAAGAAUCCUCAAUGUAAACUGAAGAUAUUGAGGUUGUCCAGUUGCAGCAUUACAAUGGAUGGCGUCACCGCUUUAGCUGAAGCUUUGAACUCAAACCCUUCACACCUGACAGAGCUCAACCUGCAAGAAAAUCAUCUGAAAGAGUCAGACAUAAAUGUUUUCACCACGACAUAUAUCAAAGUUAUCACAUAAACAAAAGAAACAAUAUUAGAGUACUGUAAAAUACUGUGUAUGUUAGAUUUUACAUUUUAAGGCUGUUGACAAGCCAUCAAUAUUUU